AUGUGCAUCGAAACCUCGCCGUCUCUCCUCUGCGGAGUCGACAUCACCAAGUACGCAAAGGGCGGUGAGUAUGGACCCAACGCAGGUCUUUGGCUUUGCCUCAAAACCAAGGCCAUGGUCCUAUACGCCUGUGCGCGGGGUUACGAUCAGGACGACCCUGCCCAUCGACAACAUGCCAUUCAAUCCUGCAACUUUGACCAUGGCAACGAAUUUCUCGGCAUCAUCAGCAAGCGGCUCAACAAGACGCUCCGGCACUAUAUGAAGAUGGCAAAGACGCAUGGACUCGACGGUGACUCGUUCAAUGCGCCUGCCGACGCGUACCAGUGGCUGGUCAAUCGCAAGGGUGGCAUGGACGUGGAGGUGACUAACCCAGAGACCGUCGAGAAGCAUCCUAUCCCGUCCAACUCCUCUAUCCGGAGAUCCCGCAGCCGUCUUGAUCGCAAAAUCAGGCACAAUCCAUGGCGGCGUCCAAACAGGUCCGAAUACUGCUCCCGAGCCAGCAGCGAUGUCUCCCGCCGGAGUGGGCGAUCUGAAUCUACCAUGUCGAGUAGAGCUACAACCAUAAAGUCCAGCAACUCCACCACUUCGAGCACGUCCACCGCCAUGACGGAACUCUCAACCUCCUCCCCAACGUGGGCGAUAGGACAUGCCUGGGAUACCCUGUUUGCUCAUGCUGAGAGAGAGGCUGGCAACGGCCCGGACUCUACAUUUCGGGCCAUCUUGGUGAUGGAGCAGGCGAUCAGCGAGAUGAAGAUCCAGGUAGACGUCAUGUCUCGCGAGAUGAUGUACAAGCUCUGA